UGCUCGCUCGUGAUCACGAUCACCCCAGUAUUUUAGUCUGUGUAAUCCAUCUUGGACGGAUUUCAAGAUUUGACUUUCAUUUUCCACGCCUGUUAUAAUCCGCCUCCUCCUCGUACUCGUUGUCGUUACAUGGUAGGAGUAUCUGAAACAGACACAGUAACAUCGAUUUCCUUUAAUUAUGUGAUUUGUCGAAGAAGAGCUACAUCAUCUCGUCUCGUGGUCAAAUCCCAACAGGCAACAACAGUUCCCAACCUUUUUUUCGUGUCCCUCUG